AUGCGGCAGCCCUUCCCGCGCGUACCCGCGGCAGGCGAUUCUUUCGGCAUGUACGAAACGGAUGGGCGCACGAACAAAGAUGGGUGGUGGUGGAGGAAGAGCAGAGGAGGAGGAGGAGGUGCAGAGAGGCACGCACGCCGCGUCUCUUGCUUGCGCUGCUUUGCUUUACAGACCUGUGCUGGAUGUACUUACAGUAGCUCACGCAACGCACACAGAGAGAGAGAAAUGGACUACCAAGUCAAGCAGAAGAUCUAUCUGCCUGGAUAG